AUGGACGAGUCUUUCCAGAACUACUGCAUUGUGUGCGACCGUCUCAUCGCGCCACCACCACCAGGACCAGAGGACAAGAAGUCUUUGAAUGCUGGUGGCAAAAAGCGCGCCGCGCCUGCAGGUGCUAUUCGGAUCAAGAACCCGGAUGGCACAACAACUACCCGCACAGCAAACGGCGUAAAAACAACAAGGCCCACCCUUCGGCCUGUUCCCCGUCUUGCCAACCCUGCCGUCGGCGCCAAGCUCGCAAAGGUUGUCCCGAAGGCACCAGCACCCUCCGCCACACAACCACCCCCACUCACCACCUCGCCUUCUUCUUCGGGGAGUGGCAACAAUGUCCCCUCUGCUUCUCCGAAGAUUGACGCCAUCAAGGUGGUUACGCCACCGCCUCCCGAACCGUUUGUCUCGAGCAUCUACUGCACCCGCGAAUGCGCAGACAAGGAUGCCGGGUCGUCAUCGGCAAAUGCCACUGAUCUUAGCCGUGCUCUGGGCGUUGGUUUCACGUACUCGGAUGCCCUCGUCGCCGCCGGACUACAUGUUUCACCGAGUGCAGCCCCUCCCUCCCCUCUCCUCGGUUCGGACACGGAUUCCUCGAACGGGGUUCGUGGCGUCGCAAGAACUCCCGACGCAUUUGGAUCAAUGCCAAAGACGCUGGACUUCUUCCGGCUUGCUCGCGACUCUCCAGAUGACGCAUGGCGCGAGAGCCGUACCCUGCGUCCUCAGGUCGACGUCUCGGUCCAGCAGCAGAUGAUGCGCCAACGUUCGUCUGGGCCCCGCUCCGCCUCUGGAACGUCGAGCGACUCGCUUGCUUCCCUCUGGAACGGCGACCAGGACAACAACUCCAGGCGUUCGUCGUCCAAUGUCGGCUCCCUUUGCGCCAUGACGCCUAUGCACACUCUCACGCCUGACAGCAUGGCAAGCGCUCGCCGCUCCAUGUCGUCGUCGUCGGAUGGCUCGGGUAUCCAGCGUGCGGCUCUGACUCGUUCUGCGCUUAGCCACACUUCGCUUGGUGGCCUGAGCUCGCCUGCCCUCUGCGCCGCACAGCAGGAAGUCGGCUCGGCACCAUCGCACACUGCCUAUCUGAUGCAGGCGUAUGCGUCGGGAUUCCCUGCACGUGACGGAGGCGCCAUGUCGCCACCGCUCCUUGCCGGUUCGGCCACUCCCGACAGCCGGAGCACGAGCGUCUCGAUUGCCCCCGUUCCUCAACGGUCAACUUCUGGUACGAUUCGCUGCAUGCGGACUCGCCAGGGAUCUACUGGCGCCACCUGGGACAGCUUUGGCAAGGCCGAGAUCCGCGACCGGGCGCGUCGUAACACCGGCUGCUCGGAGAAUGGCUUUGUUGUUGGCUCCCUUCCCCAGUCACCCGACCCGGAGCGUCGUGGGCGGCAAAACUCGUACUGUGAGGUGACGCCUAAGCAAUCAUUCGAGAUUGAGCACGGCGGCUGGCAGAUCCGGUACAUGACGCCUGAUCAGCAGCGCCGCGCCGCUUCGCGGAGCCGCAGCCGCUCGCGUGACCCCAGCUCGCGCUAUGGUACCCUGUCGCCAGUGCCUGCUGCGUCGACUGCUCUGCCACUGCCGAUCCCCGUCCGCGCCCGCCCCGGCCCGAGUGCACUUGCGUCGUCCAGUUCGACGGCACGCAGCCGCACGCCCCAGACGGGCGGGACGCCGGUACCUUCUCGUGGUGCCAGCACUGUGGGCUUCUCGCCCAAUGGCUCGCGCUACGGCUCGUCUGCCGCGCUCCCGGACAUUGCCGGGCUCCAGAUCGGCGCUCCUUCCAACUCGCUUAGUCUCGCCGCGGCCUCGCUCUCAAACGGCACUGCCACGGGUCCAACGAGCUCGACCACGUCGCCUUACUCGGCGAGUCCCCGCCUCUCUGGCUCGAUCCCGCGCCCCGGUUUUGACUGGGAGAAGCGUACCGAGCACCGCACGUACGAGCUUCCCAAGGGCGUCGUGCAGAACCCCAACAAGGGCUUGUUCUAUUUCAACAUUUAA